AUGGCCUCAGAGAAACCGACUGGACAUCAGGGCUCUUUAGAAGAAGACUUUGGGCCCCAUCUUCCCUCUUUCAGGCUCGUAUCACAGAAUCAUGGGUGUGAUGGACGCGGGAUCCCAAGCCUUUCCGUCGACUCUGGAACAUACUCAGUGGAGCCCUGCCAUCUGCUUGAGAGCAGUGAAGAUUUCACAUCAGAAAACAGGACUCUGUGUGAUUGUGCUGAUACCAAUGGCUUUUCAGAGGAAGAACUCUUGAAUAUAACGUUUGAAGCAUGUGACACUACCGGCAAAGGAGAGGUUCGUGCCUCCACUGUGGUGCAGUAUCUUCAGUCCAUGACGCUCCAAAGCUCCGGCCAGGACAAGCUGACCAAUUUACAACAUAUGCUGGACCCAGAGAACCAGGAUCCACCUGUUAGUAGAGAUACGUUUCACACCACCAUGAGAGAGUGGAUCGCUCAGUGCUGCCAAGAAGGGUGAGAGAUACAGACAAAAACACAAUGUCAGGGUAUGUAUAUGACGUGAUGUGACUAAUUUUAAGUUGAGACAUUAUAAAGUGUGAUUUAUGC